CCGUCACGUGACCCAGCAUUCGGGCCCUGGAUAGUGAGGUGGCUCAGGCUAUCAAACAUUGGACGACAAAGGUAAGCAUUUUAUUGGGUUUCAGAUUCGCUUAAUUUCGAUUUUAUCGCACAGUGAAAUUAGCUUAACAUGCGCAUUUAUCAAUAUGACUAGAAUUAGAUUCUUGUUAAUAUCACUUUGCAACUCAGGAACCGUUUUGCUUGCAUAUUAUGGUUAACGAUAGCUUGCUAAUGUUGGCUAAUGUGAAACAAGUAGGCUAGCGAUAGUGGCAUCAACAAAAUGGCUUUUAAAAAUAUUGAAGUAUGUAGUAUUAAGGCGCAUACCUCUAUAAUGAGAUGAACCUAAGAAUAAGAACAAAGAAAGUCUAGUAAAUUACGAUGUGUGUCUGAAUUGUACAUUGUGGCUAGCUCGACCUGUUUACAUUAGUAGCAUAUCAUAUUAGUAGCUAAUUGGCAUUGCUCCGAUAUAUUUUCAGUUGAAUAUGUCAAGUUUUACUGACCUCAGGUUUGACUUUGUAGUCGAGAUUGACAACUAGCUAUCUUUUACUUGAGGUCCAAAUGACCUAGAUCGACGUUAUAUACUGCUCGUAUUGGUAGUUAUGUUUUGUAGCUGGCAAAUUUUUUGGUGACUUGUGAUAAAGCUGGGAUGUGUAUCAGUGAUCAUGUGUUUUUUUUUUAUGUCCCAAACAAUAAGGGAUGCCGUGUAUUUGACACGAUUGUUAGACUCACCAGGUCCUUAUUCUGUACAAGCAGUUGUUGGGUGCAGGUUGAUCGGGAAAGCAAAUGUUGAAGGAUUCCCGGCGCUGAUUGGAGCGAAAAUCAAUGACGCAAUGACGUUGCCGGGAGAAGCCGCUCUCCCGCGGAAGGACAGCUAAUGAUUUUCCACCCAGUCUUUGCUCUCAGCCUGUUCGGACAUUGCUGCACAAUAAAAAGAGCUACGAAUUACACUGGCACCACAAACAGGCUAUUUUCGGUCUGAUGGUUGGAGUAGAGUUCUGGGUUUAUGUUAUGUUGACACUGGAGGAGAAGGCAUCUGAAAUGAUGGACAGGGACUCGGCGCCGCUAAAUGGAGUCUAUCGGAUGUCUGGUACUCUAUAAACACGCUUAUUAAAGAAUAACUCCACUUCACUGCCGAGGACAAGAACGGAGUUAAGUUUUUUUUCUUGGUAAUUAUGUCAUAACAUUGAUAUUACAUUAAUAUUUUCAAAGACUGCAGUUGUGCAUUAACGACUGAAUGAACACGAACGACUGAAAAGAGGAAUACAACGAAGAAACCCAAUUAUUGACCCAAACAAACUUUUAUAACUAUUCACUGUUGAAAUGACUUGAUCAGUGUGCCUUUUUCCGUUUAUGCAUAUCAAUGACGUUUAUUAUUUAACAAAUUUGUAAUCAUGGAACGUUUGAAGUGAUCACCUCGGCAGCAUCCCUCAGAUAUUCAUGGACCCAAUCCACACGAAGUUCAUUUCAAAAGGUCACAUCGGCUGUUUUGGAUAGCUUUAUUGGAUCACCGACGCCAGAGUAGUGCCCUUUGUGCUAUGAACUCUCAGACCGUAAGCAUUUGCUGCUAGCCCGCACGGCACUGACACUUCAAGUGUCUUCACACUAAACUCGCGGAUCACCUUGCUCAACCACUACAGCGGUGAAUCGUUUGUUGGCGGCAGGAAUGUUCGCGGCGGUCGAGCAUGGGCCCGUGCUCUGCAGCGACUCGAACAUCCUCUGCUUGUCCUGGAAAGGACGGGUACCGAAGAGCGAGAAGGAGAAGCCGGUGUGUCGGAAGCGGUACUACGAGGAGGGCUGGCUCGCCACGGGGAAUGGCAGGGGUGUCGUAGGAGUGACGUUCACCUCCAGCCACUGCAGGAGGGACCGCACAACACUUCAGAGAAUAAACUUCAAUUUGAGGGGACACAACAGUGAGGUGGUUUUGGUCCGCUGGAAUGAGCCCUUCCAGAAGCUGGCCACAUGUGACACUGAUGGAGGCAUCUUCGUGUGGAUUCAGUACGAGGGACGCUGGUCUGUGGAGCUGGUCAAUGACCGUGGAGCCCAGGUCAGUGACUUCACGUGGUCACACGAUGGCACGCAGGCCCUCAUCUCAUACCGGGACGGUUUCGUGCUGGUGGGCUCGGUCAGCGGUCAGAGACACUGGUCAUCCGAGAUCAACCUGGAGAGCCAGAUCACCUGUGGUAUCUGGACCCCAGAUGACCAGCAGGUGCUGUUUGGCACGGCGGACGGUCAGGUGAUCGUCAUGGACUGCCACGGCCGCAUGCUGGCCCACAUCCUGCUCCACGAGUCGGAUGGCAUCGUGAGCAUGGCCUGGAACUACCCCAACUUCCUGGUGGAGGACAGCAGCGAGAGCGACACCGACUCGGAUGACUACGCCCCCCAACAAGUGCACAGCCUGAGGCCCCUGCUGACCGUCUGCUUCACCUCAGGAGACAUCAACCUGAUGAAUAACUAUGACGACCUCUCCCCCAUACACAUCCGCUCAGGUCUAAAAGAUGUCGUGGUGCAGUGGUGUUCUCAGGGUGACCUGUUGGCUGUGGCUGGGAUGGAAAAACAUGUGGGGCCUCCCGACCCCACCUCCGCGAGGAAUGCCAUCGUCAAAUUCUACAACGUCCACGGGGAGCACACAUACACUCUGGACACACCUGCACAGCGUCCCAUCACCACGCUGUGCUGGGGCCACCGGGACUCGCGCCUCUUCCUUGCGUGCGGACCGGCGCUGUACGUAGUGCGUGUGGAGCACCGGGUGGCCAGCCUGCAGCUGCUGUGCCAGCAUGGCAUCGCCAGCGCCGUCCGGGAGGAAAAGGACGUGGCCAAGCUCACCAUGCCAUCCCGCCUCAGCAUCUACGUCACCUCCGCCUUCGCAGCCACCAUCAAGCCCCCCAUCCCUGACCCCAACAACAUGCGGGACUUUGUCAGCUACCCCACGUCGGGGAGCGAGCGCCUUCACUGCACCAUGAAACGCACAGAGGACAACCCCGAGGUGGGUGGGCCCUGCUUCACGCUCUACCUGGAGUACCUGGGCGGCCUCGUGCCCAUCCUGAAGGGCCGCAGGAUCAGCAAGCUCCGUCCGGAGUUUGUCAUAAUGGACCCCAAGACUGAUGGGAAAACAGAUGAAGUCUAUGGAAACACUUUGAUCUCCUCCAUGAUUGACAGCUGCAACUGUUCCGACUCCAGUGACAUUGAGCUAAGUGAUGACUGGAUGGGCAAGAAAUCACCAAAGAUAUCCAGAGGAAGCAAGUCACCCAAACUACCACGGAUCAAUAUAGAUCCGCGAAAGUCCCCAAAGCUCUCCCGUCCCACACAGGAGAUAUCACGAUCACCAAGGUUACCUAUCCGGAAACCUUCCAUUGGCUCCCCGAGUUUGACCCGCAAAGAGUUUCCACUGGAUGACAUCACACAGCAUAAUUACCUUGCUCAGGUGACCUCUAAUAUUUGGGGGACCAAGUUUAAAAUCGUUGGCCUCGCCACCUUCUUACCAACAAAUCUUGGCGCAGUCAUCUACAAGACCAGCCUGCUUCAUCUUCAGCCUCGUCAAAUGACCAUCUAUCUGCCUGAGGUGAGGAAGAUCUCCAUGGACUACAUUAACCUUCCCGUGUUUAGCCCCAACGUCUUCAGCGAGGAUGAGGACGACCUCCCUGUUACUGGGCCCUCAGGAGUUGCCAAUGACAACCCACCUUGCACUGUUAAUAUCCCCAUUGCCCCCAUCCACAGCCCUGCCCAAGCCAUGUCCCCAACCCAAAGUAUCGGGCUGGUUCAGUCACUUCUAGCCAAUCAGAAUGUCCAGUUGGACAUCUUGACCAAUCCCAUGGCAACUGCAGCAGCGGCGGCAGCAGCGGCAGCAGCGGCAUCUGAUCAAGGCCAGGAUUCUGUGCUGACAGCCCAGUACACUGUUCCCACAAGAUACUCCAGCCCAGGUCAGGUGAUCUUUGGGGGGCUGGAGGUCGGAAGGAUUUUGCAGCACCCCAUUCAGAUCCAGAUCCCACCCAACCCCCUACCUCAGGGCCAGUCUUCUGGCCCUUCCUUCAGCUCCACACUGCAGGUGCCUCACCCUCCCGGAGGGGAGCAAGAGCACCUGCUGAAGAUGAAGCCCACGCGCUCCGCUCCUCAGCUGGCUGAAGGUGACGCCGUGGUCUUCAGCGCUCCUCUGGAGCUCAGCAAAAUGAACCCGCCUCCCCCUUACCCUGGGACGGUGGCGGCCGCAGUUGCGGCAGCGGCUGCUGCUGCUGCUUCAGCCACCUCGGCUGCCGGAACAGCCGCCUCUGGCGGGUCAGGGGGGGCAGGGGGAACACCGCCCCCAGGGGACUUGUGCCUGAAGAAAGGGGAGUUCACUCUGUACCCUCCCGGUGCCCAGGGGGUGCAGUACCCGACGCCACUGGGUUACGAGAGGAUCACUACGUUCGACAGCAGCGGAAACGUGGAGGAGGUUUGCCGCCCGCGCACGCGGCUCGUCUGCAACCAAAAUGUUUACACUCUGCAGGGCCCCGGAAGCUCUGCCACCCUCAGGGUCACCUCUUCCUCUGCUUCGGCCGCCGCGUCUGCCGAUGGCAAGAAAGUGCAACUCCCUUACGCAUCCGCCACCCUCAAUCGCCUCACUGUGCCCAGAUACUCCAUACCAAGCGGAGACCCACCCCCUUACCCCGAUCCAGCCAAUCAAGCAAACUCAGGGCGGACCCCAGGCCAGAGGCUCGACAGCAAUCUGAUCCACGCCACCUUGCGGCGGAACAGCCGGGAGGCUGCGCUGAAAGUGUCCCAGAUGUUGGACCCUCAGCGCACCCUCCCCACCAAAGCAAAAGCAAGCAGUGUACUAGCUGCCACUUACCAGCAACGAGUCCCCACAGCGCUUUACACAUGUAGCCAGUGCAGCAGCAACAGCAAUGUGAGUGGGGCCGCGGGUGGUAGCAACGGGAUUGCGGGAGGCACCAUCAUUCGACAGGACUUUCCCCCAACAGGAAGUGGUGCACCCCACAGCACGGUCAUAGUGCACUCAAACAGCGCCUCGCCGCUCCCCUCCCAGUCCUCUUACAGCCUGCUGAGUUUGGAUGGGAGUAGCAGUUCUGGCGGUGCCACAGGUGGAGGGAGUAACGGCGUUAGUAGAGACCGGGCGGACUACGUGAACACUGCCUUCACCGAGGACGAGGCUCUGAGUCAGUCGCUGAGGCACCUGGCGGUGGGCACAGACGCAGGCGGCACGCUGAUGGUCAAACGGCCGCCCCCGUACCAGUGGGACCCGUCUGCCACAGAGGAGAUCUGGAUCCCGCAGGAGAGGACCGCCAGCCUGGCUCCUUCACCCGGCCCGCCAGGGCCACACAAGCCGCCUCCCCUCAUUCUCAGCCCUGCCCAGCACCUUGACGUGUCACGGGUGCCCUUCGUCCUUUCCCCCAAGUCCCCCACCUCCCCAAACGCUGCCUCUUUCCAGGUGGCGGGGGGGUAUCAGAUCUCUUUACCCUACUCGACAGCCACAGGUUACAGUGGGGCCCAGCUUCAGACCAUGCAGGCGUCCCCGCGGCCUUGCUCACCCAAAGAAGUCGUGGCCCCCGUGCCCUUUUCCCAACAAGACUCAACGCUGGUUUUGUCGCCAGGGUAUGCACAAAACCUUGCCAGUCUUGCCUGUUGCCCGCUACCACCGAUGUACCCUGGCGCAAGUGCUUGCGCUGGAGUCCCCAUGACCCCCAUAGCCUUGCACCCAUGGGGCACCUACAACCCAUGCCCACCUAUGUCAAGCCCUGCAGGCACCCUCCCUCCAAAGGUCUCACACCUGGUAAUGGAGAAGCAGGCUCUCUCCCCUCCUCCUCAGCCACCCCCACCACCAUCCUCCGACCUUCAAGGGCACCUCGGAUCCCCGGAGGCUUCAGCUGAGGCCGGUGAGGGUUUCCAGGAGGUGCUGUCGCUGAACGAGAGCCCCGUGCCCCAGCGAGCCGACAAAUUCGGCAAGAAGAAUCGCAAGAGGUUGGACAACAGUCGCACCGAUGAGACAAACGUCCCAGCCAUCACAGAAGGAGGCAGCAAGUCCAAGAAAGAUGGAGGUCGGGGCCUUGGUGACUUCAACUCCCUCAUCUCGAGCCCCCGGCUGGGCGGACGGGAUAAAAAGAAGCCCAAGGGACAAAAGGAGCAACUGAAGGCGAAGAAGCUGAGCAAAGCCACCACUAACGAGUUUCAGGACAGCUCGGAGAGCGAACCGGAACUCUUCAUCAGUGGCGACGAGCUGCUGAACCAGAGCCAGAACAGCAAGAAGGGCUGGAAGACCAAGAGAAGCCUGAGGGCCGGGGCCUGCGAGCUGGACGAGAUUAAGUGCCGCAAGGCCAACGAGAAGGAGGACCGCAGCCUGGGUAGCCAAGGGUUCGUCUACGUCAUGGCCAACAAGCAGCCUCUGUGGAACGAGGCCACACAGGUCUACCAGUUGGACUUUGGUGGGAGAGUCACUCAGGAGUCUGCAAAGAACUUUCAGAUUGAGCUUGAGGGGAGACAGGUCAUGCAGUUUGGGAGGAUUGAUGGAAAUGCUUACAUACUGGACUUUCAGUAUCCGUUCUCUGCUGUGCAAGCUUUCGCAGUGGCCCUGGCCAACGUCACGCAGAGGCUGAAGUGAUCAGCUCGUCUGCCUCUCGCUGUGGCUUUAGGAGGAGCUUCUUUAGCUGCACUUAGUUUGAUUUGCAUCAGUUCCAAUGUGUUCGAGGACGCCCACAAGGACAAGGAGCUGUCCGAAGCAGCCACCUGAAGGGGGGGGUGGGGGGGUGGGGGUGGGGGGGAGCCUGAAAACAGCGGUUCCCCGAGGGAGAGAGUGGCUCUUCAGACUGGCAGGAGAUGCCUGCAGGUCUGCAAACAUGGAGCUCACCGUCCUGCUGUUGUAAUACAACCCUACAACACUACUCUGGUUCACAGAGGCUAAGAGAAACAACACCCCUGCCCCAAAAACAGACUGCCUUACGUGAUUUUUACUCUCCUGAUGAAACAGUCACAUCUCAGAGUUCUUUUUGUUCUGUGUUUGUCCAAGUAAGCAACAGUAAUACUUGAAACCUUUUUGCUUCCUGGAAAAUGGCCAUGAUUUUCCAGACUAUAGAGGUACUACUGGGCACUGAAAUCAAUUGCUGUAAGAUGUGUAAGUGAUAUUGCGUAUAAGGAACAAUACAUUUACAUCACAUAUCUACAUCUGUUGAACUCCGAGGAAGUGAGGGUUUGUUUCUUCAGCUCGCUCAUGAAUCCCUACUUUAGUCAUUUGAUUGGUUUUUCUCUAGCGGUGCAUUUUGUGGUUGUUGAAAUAUAUGAAAGAUGGUCACUUCAUUUGGAAUGAGACUGGAUGAGCUCUGUGUUGAAUGUUCUGGUAGGUAAGGAUUGAAAAAGGCAAAAACAACUGUGCAGUAAUCACAUUUCAGGGUGAUUUUUAUUUUUUUUGUUUUGUUUGUUUCACGUGGUAUCUUUCUCAUUAUACAUUAUAAUUUGUGCCCCAUCUACAUUCAAUAAUAUUGUUUCUCUUGUUAUCUAUAUUACACACCUGUGUCAUCUCUAUCAGCAUUAUAAUUGUAAUUGUUGUAUAUAUUUAUGUAGGUGUGUCAAACAAACUUGUUGUACCUUGUUUACACCACCUUUGUAGAUGUUUUGUUUUGGACAUCAGUUACUGAGACUGAAAAUGGCACACUAAAUCUGAGUAUUAAAAUAAAUGGCAUGUUAUUAGCCAUGGACUAUCACUUCUAUGAAGUGAGUUGUGCAGGUAAAGCUAAUUCCUGGUUUAAGACUAAGCAAGGUACAAGAAAUAUUUUUUUUAUGUUUCCUCAAUGUCAUUUCAUAUAUAUUUUUAAUUAUUACAAAUUCAUCCGUACUUCAUUCAUUACAAUGUAGACCCCCGUGGAAAAAAAGCAAGCUGUAUUUGUCCAACACCCUGAAAUAGGUGCUUCCUUUAGCAAGUACACUGACAGAUAACUAGACAUAGCCUUGUGUUGAGUGAGGUGUUGAGCAAGUACACUGACAGAUAACUAGAGACCUAGCCUUGUGUUGAGUGAGGUGUUGAGUCAAGUGCAUGAAGGAUCUUAUAAUCUGAUUGCAUAUGUGUUGAUUACGUCGAGUAGAUGACUUGCAUUGUGCUUUGAGAUGUGCUGCCCUGCUGGUUACUUCAAGCAGGUGUUAACGGACAUGACGGUGUGAUGCCUAUAAAGGGUUUCAGUAUUAUAAGCAGGUGACAUGAUUGGCCUGCUCUUGCACAGUGAGAUUUCUGGUUUGUGUACCAUGACUCCACUGUGUGUGUAUGUUUGUUUGUGUGUGUGUGUGUGUGUGUGUGUGUGUGUGUGUGGUUGUAUGAAUAUAAUUGUUGCCAUCCGUUUAUGAAGUCUUGAUUGAAAUAUAUGAUUCAGUUAUAAAACAGUACAAUUCUUUUUUUUACAUUUUUGCUUUUUAAUACCUCCAAACUUAAAACUAAAUCUGUGUGCCAAAGCUUAGUGCUGUUAGAUGGGGCCAGAUUACCGUCUCCUCCCUUUGUCACUCUCGUACUGUUUUGCUUAAGGGGUCUACCCUCCACCACACCCCCCCUCUCCCUUUCAAUGUCACAGAGAAGUCAUUGGGUUGAAUCCUUCACUAUUUACUUGUCUGUUGAUUUAAAAAUACGAGAAAACUGAAAUGAAUUAAUUCACUCCUUAUGUUUAAUUGAGGCAAUGAUGGUAUCAUAUAGAUGUAAUGCCAGGAAAAUGUCUGAUGUGCAUUAAAUGGAAGCAUGACCAUUAUGUCUCAGUAAUGAGAAUGAAAAAAAAAAUAAGUUAUGAGUCGAGAAGCCAAAAUGCAGCCCGCUCAUAAAUUCUUUCAUGUUAUUUUUGUUUGUGCAAUAUUUCAAAAGAUCCCCUUUUAAUGUUGAUCUUUCCCUGAGAGAUUUGCACACAUUUAGUGUAGUGUAGUGCGGGGUGGGGUGGGGGGGGGGAGAGAUGAAGUGGAACAUCAUGCUGUGCUGGUUUGUACAUUUUUAUUUAUACUGAGAACAUUUCCUACUCCUGAUGCUGUACAUAAGUUAUGUAGAUGUUGCCGAGCAUUUCUUUGUAUUGAGAAGAUUUGUUACUGUUGUGUUUGUAAAGGGUGGCUAGAGGUGCUGUUUCAGAAUUGCUGUGUGUCACAGAAGGGAAGGAGUUUGUAUGUGUUAUAGAGUAUAGUCACGUGCAGUAGGUUGUGUAUCAUGUCAGCUUUGUCUGUGUACAGUUGUGAAGUCAACCGAUUUCAAUGCAGAUGAACCUGUUGAGUACAUGUGCUCUUCAUUAUCUCCCCAAGCUAGAUAUGAGGUUUAUUUGUCCAAAGCGAUGCACGCUUCUCUUUUUUUUUUCUAUCAUCUGUUCAUGCAAGGAGACCAUCACAUUUUCCAUUUAACAAGGGGAUGACUUAGUGUGACUCUGUCCUCGGUAUGUCCUAUUCAAACACAUGUUUUCUAAUGUGUGCGGAAUCAACUGAAACCGACCUUGAACAGGUGGAGAAUGAUCUUAAACUCCUGAUGAAUGGUUGACACAAACUGUAUGGGAUGGUGUUACAUUUUUGAAAGUGUUCAUUUGAACAGAUGUGAUUUGUACACGUAGAUGUAGACAAAUAUAAAAAAAAAAAUACUUGAAAAAAAAUGGGAGACUAAUUUGGUGACUGAAUGUUUUGUGGAAGGUAGCAAGGCAUGCCAUGUAAAUUAUUUUACACUGUAUAUGUCACUCAUUUAAAACAAUUGUGCUGGUUUGGAAGAAAUAAAAUGGAUGGAUUGGC